UCCUUAAGCUUUACGUUUUAGUCGUUCGCUUUUUAGUCUUAAUAAUUAAUAUUUUACUCUUCUACUCUAUUCAAAAAUCGGGCAUAGUCGUUAUGUAAGUAAGAUAUUAACGAUUUGGAAGCGUAUAUUUUAUAAGUUCUAUGUACGUAAUCACCAUUAAAUUUGAAAGAAACUGCGGGAUAUGAACCUUAACACAAAUUAAAAUUAUGCAGGAAUCCGAAAAAAAUAAGGAAGCAAAGACGUUUUACGAUUCGAUUGAGACCGAUUUGAUGAGAUCCAAGUUGCUGGCGAACAAAUUGUUUUGUUUGAAGUAAAUACAAAAGAUGGAUAAAAGAAAUAAACACACUAAUGUUUAAAUAUAAACCGAAGUUUAAAUUCUUGUCAGGAGGAUAGUACAUAUCAUGGGAAUCUUCUAUUAUUCCGCUUCAAAAAUAUUCAACCAAAAGAUGGUGAAAGUCAAUUAUCCCACUCUAUUAUCAAUAAUUUUUAUUGGAAUGCUAUUUGUCUGUAACUGCGAGGCCACAGUGCCUUACAGAGUUUGUGAGAGAUGUAUAAGAAACAGUUAUAAUUACAGCAUUAACACAACGGUAAACCCUCCCAAUAUUUCCGUAUUCAACGAUGCUCACCAUUAUAUUACUUUGCUCAGACGAAAAAAACGUUUUCAAAAACACUGUGAAAAACAAACACUAUCAGUGAAAGUCGUUUUGCAGGUGGAUUAUGGAGAAAAUUGUGAAAAAUGGAAUGAAUGCAUAGUUACAGCGAACUACAAGAUCACUAUUGGCGUUAACGAUGAAAUCAAAAAGAAUGUUAGUGUUUUAACAAAUGCAACAGGAAAAGCAAUUGAUAAUUGUUAUGAUAUGAUUGAUAACAAUGUUUUAAGUGAUGACCAAUAUAUGAGACGAAAUUUAGUAAUUAACGUUACUGGUAAAACAAUAGAGCCUUACAUAGACAUUAUAGACGCUGAGAUUUCUUUACAAAAUUGCGAAGAUGCAAUUGUUUACUGUCCACCACUAUCGCUUGAAAUAAACCAAACAUGCGAGUGUUCCCAAGGUACAUAUUUGGACGCGAAUCUCACAGAUUGUGUUCAUUGUCCAAGAGAUAGUUACCAAAAUCAGAUAGGGAUGUCCCACUGUCUUCAGUGUGCAAUAGGGUUCACAACAAGAAAUAAAACUGGGAGAAAUAGUUCAACAGAUUGUAGAAGAGCUCCUCCAUCGUGUAUGACGUUCAACUGCAGUGAGAAUCAACACUAUAACAAAACGUUGAAAAUGUGCAUAGACUGUCCAAAGAAUCAGUAUCAAGAUGAACACAACUGUACAAAGUGUAAGCCUUGCCCAAAAAAAAAUAUGAUCUUGGAGAUAGGAGCCUGCUUAGUGAAUAAAGAUGAUAAAGAUUUUUCAUUGGUGAUAGCUCUAUCGAUCACAGGAGUCGUUAUCUUAUUUGUUGCGGUAAUUAUCUUCGUUUAUUUAAGAAGAAGAAAAUUGAAAAUUGAAGAUAGGGAAAGGCAAGAUCAACAGUCUUUUGUCAGAAAUUUCAUUGAACGCACGACUUCAAACAGCAAACUUGAUGAGGAUAUAGAAAAACAAUCUUCUAGAGUAAAACGAAUCUCUAAAAAUCCUUAUUAUGAAGAAGAGCCCAUCUUGCGGGAUCUUGCUGAUGACAUCACCAGAAAGAAAAUGGAAAUAUUGCGUGAUUGGAUAACACUAACUGGGAAAAAAUUGGGACGAGGAAAUUUUGGAGAGGUACUGCAAGUUAUCUUACAUAAACCUAAUGAAGAAAAGACAUUGUGUGCGGCAAAAAUGGCCAGAGGAAACCGUGCUUCUGAAGACGAUAUGAUUGACGAACUAGAAAUUCAUUUAAGUCUUGAAAACGCACACGAAAAUGUUGUUAACUUGAUUGGUGUGUGUUCCAGUGAAGACGGGCCGUUUUAUCUUCUUGUCGAGUACUGUGAGAAUGGAAGUUUAGUGGAAUAUCUACGACAGUAUGACAACAACGACAUUACCAAAAAUAAAGACACUCUUUCUAAAGAAUGGAAAUUGAACUGCAUCUUACAGAUUUGUUGUGGAAUGAAGUAUCUUGCUAAACACAAGAUAGUGCAUCGAGAUCUUGCAGCAAGAAAUGUGUUAUUGGAUAAAGAUUUAGUAGCAAAAAUAUCUGACUUUGGCAUGGCUAAGGAUAUUUACUUGAAAAGCUACUACAGAGAGCAAAAAGAGGGCUCGUUUCCACUAAGAUGGAUGGCAAUAGAAUCAAUAAGAAACCUAACUUUUACAGAAAGUACAGACGUAUGGUCGUUUGGCAUAUUAAUAUGGGAGAUUUUCACCAAUGGAGAUAUUCCUUACUAUAAGAUAAUAGACGAUCAAAAGGUUGCAUUGUUUAUUCUCAGUGGAAAGAAGUUGUCAAGACCACAAAAUUGUCCUAAAUUUAUGUAUAAUAUCAUGCUAAAAUGCUGGAAGAAUGAAAGUUACAAUCGUCCAAAAUUUUGGGAUCUUUAUAAUCAACUAAACGAAAGUAUACUCAAUAAAAACAGUAACAAUUUCAGACGCCGCUUCAGUCGAGAUGAUAUUAUAAGACAAUUGAACAAAAGAACGCUAAGUCUAAGACGUAAAAUAUCACGUGACGACGCAAAUGAGAGAGUAGCUUCCGUAAGAAAAGUGCAAUCGAUGAAAGUGAAAAGAAACUCUGUCCCACAAAGUAAUAAUUUUGAACAGCCUAAUGACCAUAGAAGAUAUAAGAAAGGGUCAAUCCCUGUGAUAACCGGCAAGAUAAAUGAAGAAGUCUCUCAUUAGCUUUAAAACAUUAUAGUUGUCAAACAAAGUAUGAAGUAUGACCGGAUUGAAAGAUCUGCACGGUGAUCAUAACAAAGAUAAAUCUGUAAAAUAAAUGUUAUUGUUAUUCUUUUCUUUUUUAAAGUUUUAUGCAAUGUACAUAUAAAAAAAAAUAUUUUUGCUGGACUUUACAUAAUCAGCAAACUUAUUGAUAAGAAACAGUAUGUCUGUCAACGUGUCAUAUAUCAAAAACACAAUGAGAGAAAAAUAACUUCAUUAGUAUUCUAAAGGAUAAUAUUUCUCGUUACUAAUAGCACUGACUUCAUCAAAAUUAUUUCAUUUCAAUGACAAAGUAGUUAAUUUGCUGGUGGAUAUACAAGAAAAAAAAACAAAGAAAUUUUAAAGUGAACAGGUGCACGUGUUAUGAAUAUAUAAUAUCAUUAUUGUAAAGUAAUUAAAAUGAUAUGAACGGUAACUCUUUCACGAUUACGAUAAUGUAAAGAGAAAAUUGAUCACGGAACACGGAUCAUCAACACACAA